GCAGGUUUAACCAUUAACUGAUGUUCUUGCCUGUUCAAUGCGUCCUUCUCUCUCUGUUUCAAGAAUUUCCUCCUCUUAUCUCCCCCCUCUGUGCACUCUACCUGUACCAGGAAACGCAGCCUUGUUUAUCUUGAUUGCUAAAUGUUCUCAUUUCAUGAUUAAUGGUAUUUCUCUGCAGCAUUAUGGAUGGGCACCAUAAGCAGCAGCAAUUUAAUAUCUGAGGAGUUUGUAGAGGCCUGUUUAACGUCAGAGUUGACAAAUGGAAUGCUGACAUUCCUCAGUCACUGUGGCCGUGCAGACUGUUGUUCCUGAGUAGCACCUGCUCCAGUGUAUGUGUGGCAACAACAUGUCUGUGCCGCUGCUUGCCGAAGCUGUGACGGUGUCGGGGACCGAGAAGGAGACAGCCGCAGUUAUCUUCCUCCAUGGGUUAGGUGAUUCUGGACAUGGCUGGGCAGAUGCCAUGACGUCCAUCCGACUGCCCUAUGUGAAGUACAUCUGCCCACAUGCGCCUAGAAUACCUGUUACCUUGAACAUGAAGAUGACUAUGCCCUCAUGGUUUGAUCUGAUGGGUUUGAGUCCAGAAUCUCCAGAAGAUGAGGCUGGCAUCAAGAGGGCAGCAGAGAACAUCAAGGCCAUUAUUGACCAUGAGGCUAAGAACGGAAUCCCCCCCAGCCGGGUGCUCCUAGGGGGCUUCUCACAGGGCGGCGCUCUCUCCCUCUACACUGCGCUCACCUGCCAGCAGCAGCUUGCUGGUGUGGUUGCCCUGAGCUGCUGGCUACCACUACACAAGACCUUCCCUCAGGCAGCGAGUAACAGUGGGAACCGGGAUAUGCCCAUCCUCCAGUGCCACGGGGAGAUGGACCCCAUGAUCCCCGUGCAGUUUGGGGCCAUGACAUCCGAAAAGCUUAAAACCAUUGUCUCGCCACAGAAAGUCAACUUCAUUACCUACCCCGGAGUCAUGCAUAGCUCCUGUCCUCAGGAGAUGUCUGCUGUGAAGGAGUUUAUUGAGAAGCAGUUGCCCCGAAUCUGACCUCUCUGUGACCCCACUGUGACCUUUACACACUGAUCCCUCACCUUCAACCUGCCAUUCUCCCACAGGAAACAGCCAUGAACACACCCCCAUCACACAUAUCCACGGAGCUACACACACACACGCACACACAUAAACACACAUAAAUUCAAUCUGUAACAGAAAUGCAUACCAACACACAAACACCACAUUCAAAAAAAAAAGAAACAUAUGCAUUAAUAAAUACACAGGCAUGGACAUUCAGUUGUACAUACUGUGAACAUUUCAGAAACACCUUGUUUGGACAUACUGUACCUUUUGUGUACACGAAGUAUUUGUCAAAUGGUUCUGGACACACUGUUUGUAAAAGUACAGGGUUAAAACCAAAGAUUCUAGAACAGAGCUCUGUUCUAGAAUCUUUGGUUAAAACACAGCGACUAGUUUGUGCUUGCUCUGACAAACACGCUCGUCCUGAAGGACCACUUCAUUCACACAGUACGUCUUAAUAUGCCUUUAUCACACUCUGCCCCAAGCAGCCCUCAACAUUCCCUCAUCAGCUGGCAUUCAUACUGUCUCCCUUUUGCUUGACCCCCCUAUGUCUUUCUGUCUGCUCUUUCACUCUCUCACACCCACUCUCAUGCUGUGUGAGCAAGACUGCAAGGGAGUUGUGCUGAAAACAUUAGGCCUUACCUGGGUCUGGACUUGUCGGCCACGACCCAUUCCAACCCCCACCCACCCACCCAUCCU